GAAACACUAUUCGAAAGACUCUUUACUCGUCACCGUCAGUUUCUGGCACGAGCUAAACGCGAGCCGAGCGCGAACAAGUGCGAACAUUUUCCAGAUCGUCAUUCCUGACGCGUAUGUGACGCUGAAAAAAAAACAGGAAAGAUAAAGAGAGAGAGAGAGAAAGAGAGAGGGAGAAACAAAGAGGGAAGGAGAGUUUCACGACACUUCUACAGCCAGUCGGAUAUCCGAGUUUCAUUCCCGUAAGCGCGAACUCGAUAGAUAUUCUCAUUAAUCGAUACGCGCUAUUUAACCCUCGACCGAUUGCUGGAAACGCGCGGAUAAAAACAUAUUCGGAUAGCGAGAGAGAAAACAGUGGAAGCAAGCAGUGAUAUGAAGAAUACGAAAAUCGACGAAUAUGCGAGCGUGAACGUUAAACGAGUUUCCAAUGGUAAGGACGAGCAUAUCGACGGUGACGCGAGCGUCGACGCCGUGCAAACCGCAAUCGGUAAUCUCGGCAGAUGGCAAGUCACCGUCUGCCUGGCGAUUUCCCUGGUCAAAUUUCCGGUAGCCUGGCACCAAUUGGCGAUCGUCUUCAUGGCACCGCAUCAGGAUUAUAAUUGCACCAAGCCCGCCACCACGGACGCCCAGGACCAGUGCACGGUCAAUGUUAACGGCACAUCGGUCGGGUGUACGGAAUGGGAGUACGACCGAAGCGUAUUUCCCGAGACCAUUAUAUCAGAGUGGAAUUUGGUCUGUGAUCGAACGCACUAUGCGAACAUACAGCAGUCUAUUCUCAUGUUCGGCGUGCUGCUCGGUAACAUAAUCUUCGGCAGUUUAGCGGAUAGGUACGGCAGGAAAAUACCGCUCAUGGUGUCCGUGGUUCUUCAACUGGUGUCAGGUAUCGGGUGUGCCAUAGUUCCUUGGUUUCAAGCGUUGCUGCUGAUGAAACUGUUGAGUGCCAUGGCCACGGGAGGCACGAUGGUCACUAGUUACGUUAUUUGUAAGUAUGGACGAAUCGUGAUAAAUCAACGAGAAUCGUCGAUUGGUACGUACUUUUUCUCAGGUAUGGAAAUAGUAGGCACAAAGUGGCGAGCCGCCAUCACCGUUCUCUACCAAAUUCCCUUUAGCUUAGGCCACAUGUCGUUGGCGGGACUCGCGUUCUGGUUUCGAUAUUGGCAGCAUCUGCAGCUCGCCAUCACUCUUCCGUCUGUCAUUCUUCUGAGUUACUGGUGGUUAGUGCCCGAGUCACCUAGGUGGUUGUUAGCUAUGGGCAGGCAGAGGGCGGCGUGCGAGAUCCUGCAGAAGGCGGCCAAUAUCAACAAGGUGGAGAACGUGGACAUUCCCGAGGUGAUCAGGAAGCACUGUUUGCAGCAGAAUUUCAAGAGAUCCGCGCUGGACCACGAGGCCUCGUUCCUGGAUCUGUUUCGCACGCCAAACAUGCGAAUAAAGUCCCUAUCGAUCUUCUUCAAUUGGAUCGUUUGCGGAAUGGGUUUGUUCGGCAUGUCACAGUACAUCGGCCAGGUAGGCGGCGAUAUUUUCAUUAAUUUCGCAGUAUCCGGUGCCAUACAGGUUCCUGGAAACUUCGUCGCAUGGUGGGCGAUGAACAAAUUAGGUCGGCGGGCCACUCUGAUCUGCAGCAAUUCCAUCGCCGGCGCGGCCUGUCUGUUCUUGAUCAUCGCGUCGAACGAUAUCGCGUGGGUAAGAUUGAUGCUGGCGUGUUUCGGCAUCGUCGGUAUGUCGGUAUCGUUCACGACGGUCUACCUUUUCUCCGGAGAACUGUUCCCCACCGUCGUGAGGAACAUCGGGGUCGGCACGAGCAGCAUGUGCGCCAGACUGGGUUCCAUCGUGGCACCCUUCGUCGUGUCUCUGAGCGACAUUGAGGGGUGGCUACCACCGACCGUGUUCUGCGUCUUGCCGUUCAUCGGGGCCGCUUUGUGUUUGCUAUUGCCCGAAACUGCCGGAUGCGUGCUACCGGAGACGCUCCAGGACGGAGAGGAAUUUGGAAAGAAGUGCAAAGCAAAAGGGAAAUACGCGGACGCCGAGGCGGAAGCGGCAUUCUGAGGAAGAGCGAGGAUUUCCUCCGGGCAGUUACGAAUUGUGCGGAGCGAUGCGAAUGUUAUCAUCGAGGUGCCAGCGAGUGCGCGUUUGAUCUCGCGAUCGUGCGUUAAACGGUUUUAUUUAUUAUAUCUCACUUUUGUAAUUCAAUAAGGUAGCGCGCGCGACUAAUACCACCACCUUUUCAUGUUCGUCUCGCCUCCCUCAUACCAAUACCAUGAUUUAAAGAGAUGACACUUAGAGAGAUAAUAUUUUCAAAGAUGUAUUGCCCGUAACUCGAAAUAAUGAACAAAUUGUAAGAAAAAAAUUAUAAGUGGAUCUACGUUGCAUUUAAAAGUGAUACCAAAAGUUUGACGGUAAUUCAGAGUCCGAAAGUUAUAGGAGAUUGCGGGGUGAAGUGAGUUUGAUAAAAAUUCGACAAAACUUACACUGCGUGUACAUUGAAAUGUAUUAUCUAAUUUAACGCUCAUGCAAUUAGAAAAAGAUUGAUCCAAUAUUGAUCGGAUGAUGCAUGAAAAUAGCAUUAAUAAGAGAAAUAAAAAUAAUAACAUUUUCAUAUUUGUAAUAUUGCGUACAUAUGCCUACUUCAAUUUCGUUUUAAAUUAACAUUUAUCAUUUAGAUAGUGAAAUUAACGCAAUUUCACUUAAUGAAGCAAAUUACAUUAAUAUCUAAAUGAUCAAUUUAUGAGUGACCUCCUUGAUGUGCCACGGAAAAAUAUGGGUGAGUGGACAAUACAUCCUUAAGUAAUCCGUAAGAUUGCGCGACAGUAUUUUUGAAGAUCACACGCCUAGGAAGUAUUAAUCAAGAAAUCGAAGCGCCUUUAGGAAUGCUAUUUUUAAUACUGCCAAGUAACGAAAAUACU